AUACAUUCGAAACUUUCAUCAUAAAUGACUGUCGUUAUUUUUGGAACUUUUCUGUACUUCACGCUGGAUAACAUCCCUUUUCUGGCAUCGCAUUCCUUAUUGAAAAAUAUUAAUCUUAUCACUGUUACUUCUGCCUCUAUGUGAUAAGAAACACGAAAUUCUUGGAUUUCAGAGAUGUGUUAUUGCUAGCUACCAUACCAUGCAUACACUGACAGUUAGAUGAGUAUGAGGGCACAGAAAUAUGAGCUAAGUCAUGAAACACUCCUGAAUUAAUCUUCAAAUUGACAUUUCAAAGGAUAUGAUUGCAGAUUGCGGUAUCUCUUUCUUUCAAUGUCUGUGGUAUUUUGAUCAUGCCUUUUAUUUUCAAAUUUACAAUUCUGCGAUGACAGGAAUAUCAAGCGUUCCCAUUUAAACAAAAUAACACCACUAGGUUGCCCAGGGUAGGCUGAAAUAAAUCAAUAAAAGUCUAGACCACUUUAUGCACCUGUCGCUGUUUACAUCGUUAUGCAGAUGAGAAGCAUAUACAUUUGCCUCGCAAAAUGCCGAGAUUUUCUUAACAAUCAAUUACCAUUUUCACUCUCACUCGAUUGACAUGACAAUUGCCAGCGCAUUGCUGUGCCUUUCUAUUCGAGUUAUUGGAAGUCACAGCUGACAAGAACAAUGACGAAAAUAUUUGAAGUGAUUCUAAGGCUUUUGUCUCGGCAUUUCGCCUUUCUGCGGAUAUAUCAGGCAUACCUGCAACGCUCGAAGAGGACAAUAUCCACUGAAAACCUUUUAGCGCCCAGAGAUUGUGAUUCAGAAACGUUUGAUCUCAAACGAAGGAGACACACUGACUGUGUGAUUAAGACAAGAGAAUAUCACUCAGCAGAGGUAUAUUGUCACAAUUCUAACAAGAGGAAAAAAUCAGUGGGACUACAGAGUGCUUUUAUUUUAAAAGGAGACAGUGAAUUUCAGAUGGAGGAGUCACUUAUGAAUUCAAAGUUUAGGAUCAUAACGCACCAGCAUGCGUCAAGGACAACAUACCACUGUGUCACGGAUAACAACAAUGAUACUGUGUCAGUGAGGCCAAGGGAUCUUCUUACGGAUGACUUUCAUGUGGAAGGUUUGAUUGGCAGUGGCGGGUUUGGAUCAGUGUUUGUCGGGAAGUACUGCGGUCAACGAGUGGCCGUCAAGGUACUGCGCCCACGAAGGACAAAUGCCGCAGCGAUGCUUCAGAGCUUUCGCGCGGAAGUCAAUGCCCUGUACUUAAAGCACGAGAACAUCGUCAACGUGCUAGCCACAAGUGCCGUCGAAGACUUCGACGCUGGUGCUUUUAUCAUCAUGGAGUACGCGGGGAAGCGGAACCUUCAACAACUGAUCAACGAAACUUCAGAGAGGUUGCCGCUGGCACGCCGUUCGAAUUUCGCUCUUCACAUUAUCCGUGCCUUGCAAUAUACCCAUGCACAUAACAUUGCUCACUUGGACGUCAAGCCAGCGAAUGUCAUUGUCGAUGAUUACGAUGUUUGUCGCUUAUGUGAUUAUGGAUGUUCUCAACAAGUCUUUGGCUCGAAUGGCAAAGGUCUCAGAAGCCCUACAAAUCGAUCCUACCUAACUGGUACCUGCGGAUAUCGUGCACCGGAGCUGUUGUGUGGUGACGCGCCUACGACCAAAGCCGAUAUCUAUUCGUUUGGGAUCACACUUUGGCAGAUGUUAACGCGAGAGACGCCGUACGCAGGGGAGAAUCAUCAUGUUGUCAUCUUCGGGGUCGUCGCCAAGGACAUGCGACCAAAGUUCCCCGACAACGAGAACGAGAUAGAAAACGACUGGUAUCGCCGUCUUAUCACGAAGGCUUGGCCGAAACAACCCGAAGACCGACCGACUGCGAGGGAGAUCAUGAGAGAGCUGGAGAUGCGUCUCGGUGUCGAUGACGUCGCUUGAACGACAGUACCAACGACCGAACUCCCAUCUAACUGCUGACAAUCACUGUCAGCUAAUUGAUGGUUGAAGUUUGGGAAUUUCAGAGCAAGAUUUUAUUUCGCACCUGACACCAUUGACCUGCCUUCUUUGGCCAGUGGCAGUCACGUUGGAUGACAUUCCAUUGACCUCAUCGAUGCCGUCAACCUCGAGUUGGUUCUGCAAAAUAUAAUUUGUUGUAUAUGAUUGCAGACCAUGCUGACCUCGAGGUCAGCUUUUUUAAUACAAAUAAUGUAUGCUCAAUUAUUGCAAUUUCUUUGUUACAUUGUACUUUGAUGACAUAAUAAGGUCUCCAUGAUAGUCUGAUUUUGUUAACUUAAUUUGUUUUUAAUAAUAUUACACGUUGUUUGAUUUAAAUCCUCCUGUAAUAAUUUUUAUAUUGUAUUGUAAUUGACUGCCAUUGUUGAAAUACUCUCUAUAUGGAGUCAUUGUUAUCGUCGAUCUUUAUGGCAACUUUAUGCUGACUAAAGCACGUGCCUUGGGAUCUUUCAUAGAUCCACGAAAUCAUACAAGAAGUACUUGGUACAUAAAAGGCAAGUCCGGUUGUAUCUAUUUCAUAGAUUUGAUGAAGAUGAAUAAAGUUAUGACGUCACAAUAAGGUUAGUUUGAUCAAUAAUUUGUAAUGAGUAGGUGUUCCAAGUAAUGAUGAGAGUGAGGAAUGAUACGAACUGCCUCACAUAGAUUUCAAUAUCCUCAAGGGAUGAUCAUUGAAUUAUCAAAGGAAUUCGAUCCACUCAUGCAAUUAAGUUUGAAAUGUAAUAUUGUAAUCUUAUAAUUUUUACAUAUUUAUGAUUUAACUGCAUGGUAGAUACUUUUCAUAAGUGUUGGGCAGGGACCCACGAGAAUGACUAUAUCAACAGUCUAUAUCAGUCGGAAAAAUAGUAAUAUAAUGGACACAGUUCACACGCAAUUCAAGUCUUAGCAAUAUGAAUGCAGUCUUCCUACCGUACUAAAAAAGUACAUUAUCUCUCGAGUAUUUGUAAAUGGUAUCGUCUUCCAUAUGGGCUAUCGGUUGCUUAGUUAUGUUUUAAAAUUUGCAGACGCAAUGAUUGGCUCUUUCGCAAAUAGCAUUUUGUGCAUUAUAAUCCAAAUGGUAUUCCACUGGGGAGCCUGACUGCUUAUUCUUCUAUUAAAAAUCUAAUGCUCCCCAAAUUAAUCCUACUUACCUUUUUAUGCUUAGUAAAAUAUUUUUUGCAUCAAUUGAGCUUUUUAUUACAAAUCAAUUUGUUAUCAUAUUUAUUUGAACUUUUGGAUGGGCCUAUAGCCAGAUCAUAGAGCUAGUAAUAGCUCUAUGGCCAGAUUAAGUGGAUGGCGUCAAUCUAUGCAAUAGUUGAAUAAUUUCCACUAAAUUCCACCACUUAUCGAAGAAAAUGAAUUAAAAUAUGAUACUAUAAAAUAAUGAUAUGACCAGAACUAACUAUGCACAAUUAAAACGAGUUUCAAUGAGAACAAGAAAUUAUCAGCUAUCUGCUUGAAUUUGGGUUACUGAGCUAGUUCCCAAGGUCUUGUGUAAACAAAUCAAUUUAUCGAUUUGCAUAAUAUCGAGUGAAGCAAUCAAUCAUUGUUUUUAAUAAUUUGCAAUAUAUCUUUUAUCAUGAAGUGUUGUUUUCAAAGACGCCUACACAGUCGUUACUCGUUUGUAUACCAUAUGUGUAUAUCUUUUUAAACAGAAAAUGAAAGAAAAAAAUCGAAAAAAAACAAACAUUGUGAUCAUAUUUUUGUAACCGUUAAUCAUGUCAUGAUUGUUCUAAUGUUUAAGUUUGAAGGGGAAAAGAAAAUUCUCGUUUUAACAUGGUUCAAAUCUCGACAUAAUCAUGAGAAUAGCUAGAGGAGAAGGUAUGGAUAUGGAAGUAUUAGAUGGUCGUUUGCAUGUUAAUCUAUAGGACAAGUAUAACAGGAAUCCUAAUUCAUUAAUUGGCAUCUUUUUGCGAGGCACAUAUAAACUUUUACAUAAUUAGGAUAAAGUACAUAGAAGUCUGAUAUUCUCAUAACUCACUCUUUUUCAUUAUUUCUCAGACUUGAUCUUAUGAACUUCAAGUUUUAUCUCGGAUAGGCUCUCCCGCUUGACCGAACAUUGUCGUAGUUCACGCUUUAAUUUUUACUCCCCGGUUGCUCAUACUGUCACAAUCACCUCAAGUCCACGUACUUUACUACUCAAAAUAAAUCAUUGAAAAGGUUCACACUUGAAGGAAUAAAGUUUCAAUAAUAAUUGUGGACUUUUAUCAAAUUGUGAGUGAAUGUUUAUAAUUUCAACUCUUGACUUCAGUCAUCAGUCCUGCUUGAUUGAUCAUUGGGUCACUCUAAAAAAAGCGAAUAUUAUACUCUUUUCCGUUCCAAAUUUAAUCAAAAUUUACUCCCACUACAUUUCAGACACACUUUAUUUUUUUUUCAUUAAAGAUUAACUCUGAAUUCGUUAACAUCUAAAAGAAACACUGGUUGACUUCACACAUUACGUUCUUAAUGUCGUCAUUGUGUAGGGAGCUGGGAGGCGGGUGAAGGUGUUAAGCGACGAGUUUCUUUUAUUCACACAGGUUCAACUUAAAAACCAUUAAAAAAUACCCUUUUUGAUAUUAUCAGUUCUGUUGAAAAUUAUAGGCUCUUAUGCCUACCACAGUCAAACAAGAAGUUGUUCCCUCACAUCAGCUCAAUAUCGAAAGCAAUUAAGCCACCAGUAAGAAUAUUCUUGCUGAACUUCAAUUUCUGUGUUCAGUUUUUAUAUAUUUUUUUAUCAUUGAUACUUCUAUCAGUCACUGACCGAUUUUGACUAUGCGUAUAAAGUAAUUUUGAAUACAAUCGUGAAUGCAAUACAAAAUUGAAAUAAGCAGCAACAAAAACGCUGGCUAAUCGGUAUUUUCAUCACAAACUCGUUAGUUUACGUUAGCACGGUAUUUCAUAUUCAAACUGGUAUUUAACUUGGUUCUUUCUAAUCAAUGUACAUUGUUUUGCAGUGUGUUAAUCAUGUUAAUACAAACAAACUGCCCAUUACUUGUCUAUCCUAUUUACCUCGUGCCAUUAUUCAACCCAUGUUUCGGGUCAUGUUGGACACCAUAAUUAUGGAUGGUAUUGUUCAUUUGUAAUUGCAGGGGUAGUCACUCUUGACUCUGCCAUAUCAUUUAACAGCAGAUGUUCAUACCAUGUUCAUAACAGACAUUAAAUUCAAUCUGUAUGGACACACCCAGUCUAUAUACAGUACUAUAUACGUGAACUGAUCGAAAGAAUGAACACAUUCAUAAUAAUGUAGACGCAACUUUUAUAUGUAACCUCUAAAACGGAUCGUUGCUGGUAGUAUAAGGUUCUGGUUCGAGUGUUUUUCAGAGAAACUCUGUCAGAGUAGCUUGUCUGUCGAUAAUGAUUUGAAAAAAGAAGAGGGCAUAUUAAAAUCGGCCUGGGCGUGGGAGCAUAUUGUAUGAAACAGAAUAUAGGCACCAUUACGUGGGCGAGUACGAAGGCUACACAAAUCGAUCUGCUCUGAAUG